AUGAACAUAUCCUGUGAUAAAUAUAAAGUGUUGUUUAUCUUUGAUGGUCUGGAUGAGUGUCGUCUGUCUCUGGACUUUAAGAGCAAAGUGAAACUGUGUAAAUUAUCUGAAUCAGCCUCAGUGGACGUGCUGCUGAUGAACCUCAUUGUGGGGAAUCUGCUUCCCUCUGCUCUCAUCUGGAUCACCUCCAGACCAGCAGCAGCUGAUCUCAUUCCCUCUGAGUGUGUCCAUCGAGUGACAGAGGUACGAGGCUUCAAUGAGCCACAGAAGGAGGAAUACUUCAGGAAGAAAAUCAGUGAACAGAGUCUGGCCAACAGGAUCAUCUCACACCUGAAGUCAUCAAGGAGCCUCUACAUCAUGUGUCACAUCCCAGUGUUCUGCUGGAUCUCAGCCGCUGUUCUAGAGAAGAUGUUGAGUCAAGCAGAGAGUGGAGAGAUUCCCAAGACUCUCACUCAAAUGUACACACACUUCCUGAUCCUUCAGACCAACAUCAAACACGAGAAGGACUAUGAGAAGAAUGUGAAUGAAGAAGACAUGAUCCUCAAUCUAGGGAAACUGGCUUUUCAGCAGCUUGUGAAAGGCAACCUGAUCUUCUAUGAUGAAGAUCUGAGAGAGUGUGGCAUUGAUGUGACAGAAGCAUCAGUGUAUUCAGGAUUGUGCACUCAGAUCUUCAGAGAGGAGUUGGGCUUGUAUCAGGGGAAAGUCUUCUGCUUUGUUCAUCUGAGCCUUCAGGAACAUCUAGCAGCUCUAUAUGCACACCUCUCCUUUACAAUCAACAACAUCAAUAUAUUUGACCAAACCAAGCAAAGUCUGUUGUCUAAGAUUUUUAACCAGAAGAAAUAUAAUUCAUUAUCUGAGCUGCAUCAGAGAGCUGUGAAUGAGGCUUUACAGAGUAAGAAUGGACAUCUGGAUCUUUUUCUGCGUUUCUUUCUGGGUCUCUCAGUGGAGUCCAAUCAGACUCUCUUACAAAAACUACUGACACAAACAGGAAGCUGCUCCUACAACAAAAUGGAAACAGUUGAGUACAUCAAACAAAAGAUCAGGAAGAAUCACUCUUCAGAGAAAUCCAUCAAUCUGUUUCACUGUCUGAAUGAACUGGGUGAUGAUUCACUGAUGCAGGAGAUCCAACAUUAUCUGAAAUCUGGAGAAAUAAGAGAAACCAAACUCUCCUCUUCACAGUGGUCAGCUCUGGUUUAUGUGUUGCUGACAUCAGAGCAGAAGAUGGAUGUUUUUGAUCUAAAACAGUUUAUUGGAAAACAACAUACAACAGAUGAAGUUCUUCAGUAUUUGUUACCUGUUAAAGGUUUUGCAUCCACUGAGUUUGAAACAGCAUCUUUGUAUAAUUUAGCCAAGAUACUCAAUGCAGGUAAUCUCUCAAGUAGGCCUUUCCAGAACACAUCCAAAUCCACCACUCCAGAUGAUGAAGGUCUGAGUGCUGCUGUGCCCAGACUUGCCACUGAAGCUGACAUGCAGAUCUUCCAGAUAACUGAAUAUGUUGGUGGUCACUGGACGUCCACUCUGGAAGAUGCUGAGAGGCUGGAGGAUGACCUUGCAUUUGUCAACCAUGAUGAUCAUCUGGGCAUUUAG